AUGGACCAAACUUCAGUUCGACGACGGCGAUCAUGGCUGCCAACCCGUUUCUUCUCUGCUCUCCAGCGUCGGCGGCAGAAGCCCCAGAAGGAGCACCUCCAUGGAGAGAGCCACUUUCGGAGAGGUUUGGGGGGCGCGACAGCCGAGUGUGCGGCUAUUUGUUGCUGUUGCCCUUUGACGAUAGCCAACUUUUUAGUUUUAGCAAUUUACAAGAUCCCCGCAGGCCUAUUUCGCCGUGCUCUCCAUCGGAUACGGCAGCGGAAGUUGCCGGAAAAGGGUUUGAAUCAGCGGAGUCAUGAUGGAUUCCAUAAUGAGGGUUUUGAGAUUCCGGCAGUGGAUGGUGUGGAAGAAAUUUUCGGGUGUGUAGAGACUGAGAAAGCUGCGAAUGAACUGGAAAAAGAGAUGUGGCAAAAGUUUUGGGACUGGAUUUUGGAGAAGUCCUUCUCAAGCCCCAGAAUUGAAUAA